CUUAAAGUGCAGUGUUAAGGUUGAAAAUUUAAUAUUAUUAAGUAAGACUUAUUAUUUUAUAUAAUACAACCAUAAUGGUUUUUAAAUAAUUAAUUAUUUUUUGGCUGUCCUUUCUUCGCUCAGCCAUCACCGUGCCUGUCUGUGCGCUCUGUAAAACCCUUCAGUUUUUCUUCAGUCAUUCCUUAAGUGCUGUUCAUGGUUCCUGUGAAAAUCUAUCAACAUCCUGAAACAAUGUCUGACUCAGAAUACGAAAGUGUCGUCUCGCUGCCGCACACAUCCAAAAGCAAAACUGCAGUCGCGGCCCCGAACAAACGGAAGAAUAACUCAGCAGAACCCCAAAGGACUAAUAAGAAGAAGAAGACCAGUGGCACAAGCAAACUGGACAUAUUCGGGAUUUUGGAUGAAGCUGAAAACCUAGCAAGCAGAGCAGCGCCGGACAACUACCCUAUAUCGUCUAGCUUCGUGUCUCGCGUGGCCAACGGCUCCGUACGAAAGAGCUUAAUUAACGACGGUGAAUUUUAUGUUGAGCUAAAAGUGUACAACACACUUGACGCUAAAACCUCUAAGCCUGAGGAACGGUGGAAAAAAGCCCUGUUCAAUCUGAAACUGCUGACUGAGCAGGACGGCGAGCCGUGGCAGGCGCUGCAGAAGUUUGUCAGGGAAGCGCACUCCGUGUUCGGAGACUGCGAACCUGUUUACUAUAGCGAAAAAAUUCAUAUUAAGUAAAUUCAUCAACUUACCACCGUUUUUUAACUAUUGAAGUUUUUUAAUAAAUAUUAUACUUAUUUCAUUUAA